ACAGAAGGAAAGGCCCAAGGUUUUUUCUAUAAAGGGUGUUUCAAGCUUGAAGCCUUAUCAUACAGCACCAUAACUGCUCAGAGGAAAACAGAACACAAGUCACAGAAUAGCAAGAAACCAUGGCUGCUCUGACAUUGACAAAUAUCAACUGGCAGCUUGAAGCAAAUGCGAGUGCACACCAUACUGAUAAAUACUCCAGCACAGAGCUGACUGUGAGGAGAGGACAGGCCUUCACUGUCAUCCUGACCUUCAACAGAGCACUGCAGACUGGAGAGAGCUUAACAUUCACCGCAGAAACAGGGCCAAAGCCAUCACUGCAAGCUAAGACCCAGGCUGUAUUUGACAUCUCCAGCACAGCAAGCAAUAGUACCUGGAGCGCAGUCCAACAAUCCACCGACUCCAGCUCUGUCAGCAUCUCUAUUUCCAGCCCAGCUAAUGCUGCCAUCGGACGCUACAGACUGAGCGUGCAGCCUGCCUCAGGUGGUAGUGCCCCCCGUAGGACCCUUGGAACAUUCGUUCUGCUCUUUAACCCUUGGUCUUCAGGGGAUGAUGUGUUUAUGCCUGACAGCACUGAGUGCGAGGAGUACGUGCUGGAAGAGUUUGGAAUUGUCUUUGCGGGCAACGUAAACCGUAUUAGCGAGAUGGGCUGGAAUUAUGGCCAGUUUCAAGAAGACAUUCUGAAUAUCUGCCUUUCCAUACUGGAUAGAAGCCUAAGCUACCGUAAAGACCCUGCCACUGAUGUGUCUCGCAGAAAUGAUCCCAAAUACGUGGGCCGUGUGCUCAGUGCCAUGGUCAACAGUAAUGAUGAUAACGGGGUGCUGCAGGGAAACUGGAGUGGAAAUUACUCUGGUGGAACAAGUCCAACCAGUUGGAAUGGAAGCGUUGAAAUCCUGCGAAAGUGGAAGGAUGCAGCAUUUAAACCUGUUAAAUAUGGACAAUGCUGGGUUUUUGCAUCAGUGCUGACCACAGUGCUCAGGUGUCUGGGGAUUCCUACCCGUAUGAUUUCAAAUUUCAACUCCGCCCAUGACGCAGAUAGAAACCUGAGUGUGGAUGUAUAUUAUGAUGAAUCUGGAAAUCCUCUGACCAUGGGGGGUGACAGCGUCUGGAAUUUCCAUGUCUGGAAUGAAAGCUGGUUUACCCGAAGUGACCUGGGGCCCUCCUACAAUGGAUGGCAAAUUCUGGAUGCAACUCCCCAGGAGAGAAGUGCAGGAAUAUUUCAGUGUGGUCCUGCUUCACUUAUAGCCAUCAAAGAGGGUGAUGUAGACCUGGACUAUGACUCUCCAUUUGUAUUUGCUGAGGUGAAUGCAGACCGUAUCACCUGGACUUACGACAUUAGGACUAGAGAGGCAAAGCCAAUCUCUUCUGAGACCAAGUCAAUUGGCCAGUUCACCAGCACCAAGGCAGUAGGCAGUUAUGCCCGUGUAGAUGUCACUAAUAAUUACAAAUAUGGAGAAGGCUCUCAGAAGGAAAGAGAAGUGUAUGAAAAGGCUCGUACAAAGCUGGGUCGAGUACAUGGUUUCAGUGCCACAUCAGAGAAGCGACCAAAAAUUGAUCAAAAGCCUGAAAUUUCAGGGAAGUUCAAGGUGGAUGGCUCCUUAGAGAUCGGCAAAGAUGUCAGCCUAAUCUUGGUUCUCAGAAAUUUGACCUCUGAUGCUAAGACUGUAAAGGCAAAUAUGACUGCUUGGACCAUUGUGUACACUGGGAAGCCAAUUCAUGAGGUCUGGAAAGACUCCCUUUCAUCUACUCUUGCUUCUGAAGAAGAGAAACAGUUUCCCAUUAAGAUAACGUAUGCUGAGUACCAGCAAAAUUUAACAAGCGACAACAUGAUUCGAGUAACAGCUUUGUGUCAAAUUGAAAGUGGGAUUGAUGUGGUGGUGGAAAGAAACAUCACUCUGGAUAACCCUGACCUUGUCAUGCAGGUGCUCAGUAAUGCAAAAGUGAAUGAACCGGUGAAUGUGGAAGUGAUAUUUACCAAUCCUCUCGACCAAGAGGUGAAAGACUGUGUGCUGCAGGCAGAAGGCAGUGACCUGCUGAAAGGAAAGCUCAAGAUAGAAAUGCCCUCACUACAGCCCAGGCAGAGUUCCAAAGUACCGUUUGAAAUCAUUCCCACCAAGAGUGGAACCAAGCAACUGCUCGUUAAUUUCUCCUGUGACAAGUUUCCAGAUGUCAAAGCCUUUGAGACCAUAAAUGUGGCCAACUAUUUCCCUGAGAAAUUAAGUAGAAGAUAUAUACAGUUCAUACACAGAGAGAGAGAGAGAGAGAGAGAGAGAAUGGCAGAUCUCACACCAACACAAAUCAGCUGGCAUCCUAAAGCCAACACUAGCGCACACCAUACUGACAGAUAUACCCAUGCAGAGCUGACUGUGAGGAGAGGGCAAGUCUUCAGUAUCACCCUGUGGUUCAACAGGCCAUGGCAGACUGGGGACAACUUAGCAUUCGUCACAGAAAUAGGGCCAGCCCCUUCAGAGGCACAUCACACCAAGGCCAUCUUUAACCUCUCUGAGGCAGGGGCUAGUGGCUGGACUGCAGUUCAAGGACCCAGUGAGUCCAGCUACAUGAAUUUCUCAAUAUCCAGCCCAGCUAAUGCAGUCAUUGGACGUUACAAACUGAGCCUCCAGAUCACCUCUGGCAACAAGGUCUUCUCCAAGUUCCUGGGGCACUUUGUACUGCUCUUUAACCCUUGGUGUUCAGGUGAUGAUGUCCACAUAGCUAAUGAAGAUGCAAGACAGGAAUAUGUUCUGGAUGAAAAUGGAAUCAUCUUUAUCGGAAAUGCCAACUAUAUUGAAGCUAGAGGAUGGUACUAUGGGCAGUUCCAAGAUGAUAUUCUAAAUAUCUGCCUUACUAUGCUGGAUCUGAGCCUGUACUGUCGUCAGGACCCAGUCACUGAUACGUUCCGCAGAGGAGACCCUAAAUAUGUGGGGCGGGUGAUCAGUUCAAUGAUCAACGGGAAUGAUAAUGAUAACGGGGUGCUGGAGGGAAGCUGGAAUGACAGUUUUGCUGAGCAUGAAAACCCAUCCAGAUGGAAUGGUAGUGUGGUGAUCCUCAGGAAGUGGCGUCAAGAGAAUUACAAGCCUGUCCAGUAUGGCCAGUGCUGGGUUUUUGCAGGCGUGAUGUGCACAGUCAUGAGAUGUUUGGGGAUUCCAACUCGUUUGAUUUCAAACUUUAAUUCUGCCCAUGAUGCGGAUGGAAACCUGAGUAUUGAUAAAUACUAUGACAGUGCUGGAAAGAGCCUUAACAUCGGCAGAGACUCCUCAUGGGAUUAUCAUGUCUGGAAUGAAGCUUGGUUCAGUCGAAGAGACUUGGGAACACCAUACAGUGGAUGGCAGGUUCUAGAUUCAACUCCACAAGAGCAAAGCAAAGGGAUAUUUCAGUGUGGUCCUGCUUCCGUCAGAGCCAUCAAAGAAGGUGAUGUAGACUUGGACUAUGACACUCUAUUUGUGUUUACGGAGGUGAAUGCUGACUGCAACCAAUGGAUAGUCUACAAAGAUGGAACCAGGAAAAAAGUGUAUUGUGACACUGAGAGAAUUGGCAAGGCCAUCAGCACCAAAGCUGUGGGCAGCAAUUCCCGUGUGGAUGUCACUAACAAUUAUAAAUAUCCAGAAGGCUCUCACGAGGAAAGAGAGGUGUAUAAAAAGGCCUGUGCCAGGGCACGUGGAUCAAACCUCACAGAAAGGCUCUCAGAAGCUCCUAAUGCGGGAUCAUCAGAAACAGUUAGAAAACCUGAAGUCUCUGGGGUAUUCAAGCUAGUUGAACCCCCUGUGUUUGGCAAAGAUAUCAACCUAAUCUUAAUUCUCACCAACCUGUCCUCUGAAUAUAAACCUGUAAAGGUGAACCUGAGUGCAUCAACCAUCCUGUACACAAGGAGAGCGGUGGCAGAGAUCUUGCAGGCAGCCACAUCUGUUGAUCUUGGUUCUAAAGAAGAGAAACAGAUUCAGUUAAAGAUCUCUUAUGCCCAGUAUGAAAAAUCCCUGACUGAUGAUAAAAAGAUCUUAGUGACUGCCUUGUGUGAAGUCAUGCACACACAGGAGGCAAAGAUGUUGGUGGAGAAGACCAUCACUUUAGAGACUCCAACCAUCUUCAUCAAGAUUCCUGCACAGGUUGUGGUGAACAAGCCUGUUACUGUAGAGAUCUCGUAUGCCAAUCCUCUCCCGGAGCCAGUGAAGGACUGUGUGGUGCUGGUGAAACUGAUGAAUCAAGAGAUCAAAAUAGAUGUGGCAGCACUGGCACCCAGGGAGCGAUCACAGAUUUACUUUGAAUUCACACCCCACAGAAGCGGUGUGAUGCAGCUGCAGGUGGACUUCUCUUGUGACAAGUUUGCCUAUGUUAAGGGCUUUGAGACCAUCGAUGUGGCCCUUGGUCAGUGAUUCAGUUGCAAUAGU